AUGGGCCGCGGGCUUGGCGGCUGCCGGCUGACAGCCGCGCUCGACGGAGGCGGCGCUGCGGCGGUGGCUCUGCGCUCGCCCGCCGUGGAGGUCGCGCCCGUGCUGUUGCGUGCGAUGACUCGCCGGCUCGAGCUGCCGGGCGCAAACGCGAGCGCGGCGUCCGUGGCGGUCCACGCGAGGGUUGCUGCGGGGCGGGUGGGCGCUAGCGUGUCCGGCGGGGUCGCUCGCCUCCAGGCGGCGCCGAUGUGCGAGACGCGCGCCGAGGCGGCGGCGAGGGAGCUCAUGCUCGGCAGCGCCGCCCCUCGGCUGCCCCGCUCUUCGCUCCCUUCCACAGCGGCUCCAGCGCUCACCCGCCACGCCGCUCUCGCUGUAGGCGAGGGUGCGUCUUCGCUCGCUUUGCUGCCUCUCCUCGCCCGCCUCUCGCUCGACGGCGAGGAGAGGAGGUGGACGGGUACGCUCGGCUGGCGCCGCUCAGCGGAGGGAGCGAUCUCGAGCACCGAGCUGCGUUGCGAGCCGCGCCGCUGGCGGCUGCUCCGGCUCCUCGACGCGCGGCGGCGCGACGGGCGGACCGGAGCCGCCAGUUCGAAGCGCCGCGGAGGAGAGUGGAGCUGGACACACAGUGUCGGUGUCGCGGCGGUGCGGGCGGCGAACGGCGCCGCCAGCCCCCCCGCCGCUUCCGUCGCCCAGCGGGGGCCCGAGUGGGGGGGGCUCGAGCGGGGACGCCUCUCCAGCGCGCACGCCGCCCAAGGCCAGCAGCAGGCGCUGCACCACGCCGCAGAGCGCAGCCUUGGCGCGCAGCCGGCGAUCACGGGGCUGACCCUCGACGCGCGCCUCCGCGCCGCGCUAGGGCGCCGCCGCAGCGGCGGUGGCGGCGGCGCAGAGAUGAUCGUCACUCAGAGGACGGAGCUCGGCGACGCUGGCGCCGUCGAGCUGCAGGCGAGCUUGCCGCUCGACCGGGCGGCCGAGUCCGGAGACGGCCGCCGUGCGUCGACGGCUGUGCGCGCGGGCCUCUCCAUAGCGCUCUGA